AUGUUACGAAAAAUUACAGCUUUUUCAUAUAUUUUUAAGCCUAAUCCAUGUCGUUACAAAUUAUCAAAUAUAGAAAUUUUCACACACGCUUUCCAAAUUCGACGAUUUUACGUUGAAGUUUCUAAAGAGAUUAGUCAACAUGAAAGUAAUAAAUCUCUUAUAAUAAAUAGGUUAAUAGAAAGUAGAAAAAGGUUGAACUCUAGUUGGAACGAAGAAGAAGUUAGAAAAUUACUUGACGCAGUAGUUGAACAUGGAACCAAUUGGAAAACUAUUUGGGAACAAUAUUUUAAACCAAAUAGAAAUCCUGGUAGUUUGAGAGGAAAAUGGGAAAGAAUGCAUUAUGCUAAACAAAGACCAUCAUACCAUAAUCCAUGGACACCCGAAGAAAAUAAAAUAUUAAGUGAAGGAGUAGCUAAAUAUGGAGUUGGGAAAUGGGCACAAAUAUCUAAAUUAUUUACGCACAGAGACAGACAUCAAGUUAAAAAUCAUUGGAUAGACAUAUUAUAUAGAAAUCGAGGUAAAUGGACACCUGAAGAAGACAAGUUACUUCUUAACUUAGUCGAUCAAUAUGGUAUUAAAUGGACGUUGAUCGGAAGACAUAUGAAUCGUGCACGGAAUGAUAUUUAUAGUCGUUAUUAUAUCCUUAUAAGAAAAGAGUGGACAAAAGAAGAAAACCAGACACUCCAAAAUUUAAUUGCGAAGCAUGGUGAAAAUUGGAAAAUUAUAUCAGAACAUUUUUCCAAUAGAAGCAUUUAUGAUAUCAAGAUGCACUAUAAACAAUGUUCAAGUAUUAAUCCUAAGGUUAACAAAGGAAGAUGGACACCAGAAGAAAUUAAAGCUUUUAACGAUG